AUGCAGAUGGACUCGGUGAAGGAUGAACCCUUCCCUGAAGUAAUCAUCAGUGAGGCCGAUCGGGGGGAGGUCAAAGCCUUACACAAUGAUCCCAUGGUAUUCAUUAUGAAAAUAGCCAACUUGAAGGUCGGACGAAUAUUGAUAGACACGGGUAGCGCGGCUGAUAUCAUCAGCCUGGCCGCCUUGAAGAAUCUAAGCUUCCCAGAGGAUGCUCUCCAGGACAUCACUCACUCGCUGGUCGGAUUUGGGGGGAAUGUCAUCCACCCAGUGGGGCGGAUAGACUUACCUGUCCGAUUCGGGCAAAAAGGGGAAGGAAGAGAUAUGGUUGUCCGCUUCUUGGUCGUGAAAGAAUUGACUGGAUAUAAUGUCAUACUCGGCCGUCCUACACUGAAUGCAGCAAAAGCAGUCAUUGUGCCUCACCUAAUGCUGCUAAAGUUUGAAAGGAAGGACGGGAAAAUAGGUACAAUCCAAGGAAGUCAGAAGAUGGCUAAGGAAUGCAAUCAGUUGGCGGUUAAGCCUACGGCGCGCGGACCAAAAACGUCCGUGCCAAAAGAAGAAGGAACCUCACUCCCAACACACCAGGUCGGUCAGAAGCGUAAGGCGACCAAGAUAGAGCAAGCAUAG